AACCACCCAGUCCAAUUAUUCUCAAUUCGAUCCGAAUAGUGAGUGAAAGUUUGAAAACAGAAGCAAUUCACAGACGAAACUUAAUCUAGAGAAUGGCCGGUAGGUUUGACAAGCAAGCUGGUUUUUACGCGGAUGCUAGGCCAACUUAUCCAACCGAGUGGUACUCCAUGCUGGCUGCUCUAACUCCGCACCACUCUUUAGCUUGGGAUGUUGGCACCGGCAAUGGUCAAGCUGCUAUUGGUGUUGCUGAGCAUUAUGAGCAAGUAGUUGGAACCGAUGUGAGUGAGGCUCAGUUGAAACUUGCAAUGCCACACCCUCGCAUUCGAUAUCUCCACACUCCAUUAUCCAUGACAGAUGAUGAAUUAGUGGCCUUGAUUGGAGGAGAAAAUUCAGUUGAUUUGGUUACUGUGGCCGCAGCUGUCCACUGGUUUGAUCUCCCCAAGUUCUACUCCAUAGUAACACGGCUUCUAAAAAAGCCAGGAGGUGUAAUUGCUGUUUGGGCUUAUCAUGACAUAGAAGUUAGCCCCACUUUUGAUCCCAUAUUGAAGCGUUUUCGUGACACACUUCUUCCCUAUUGGGACCCAAAAAUAAAAGGCGUAUAUGAUGAUUAUAAGAUACUUCCAUUUCCUUUUGAAAGUGUAGGUAUAGGAUGUGAGGGGAAACCACAACAACUAGAUAUACCAAAGGAGGUGUCACUUGAGAAAUUCUUGAAUAUGUUCAGGUCAUGGUCUCCAGUAAAUACAGCUAAGGACCAAGGUGUUGAUUUGUUGUCAGAAAGCGUGGUAAAAGAAUUUGAGAGUGCUUGGGGAGGACCUACAUUGGUCAGAUCAAUCAUCUAUAAGGGCUUUAUGCUUGCCGGAAAAGUUAGGCUUUAAUUUCUUUUUGGGUAGAAACCAGGUAAGGGACUGAGAAAAGAGGGAGUGGGUUGUUUAUGAUUGUUGCAUAAAAUAUUGUAACGGUAAUAAAGAUACAAAAGUUUAUUCUCUUUAUGUCCCAUUGAUAUUCUAUUAUGAACUGGAAAAUAAAAUGAUAAUUUAGUCGAUUCGAGACCAA